AUGCUUCUACAACUCCCUACAGAAUUGAUACAACUUGUUUUUCAAUACUCAACUACGACAGCCUUUCUACAGGCAGCUUUCUCUUGUCGCACGCUCUAUGCCAUUGCCUCCAACUGCCGGGAGAUUUUAUUGCAUCAUCUGUAUCAAACUCCCGGGCUGAAUGAGGAUCUUCUACCUGCCGACUCAAAGCAAUUGUUCCGGGUGCUUCAAAAACGCGCUUCCCAGCAACUGUAUGGUGCCCAGUUCACUGCAAGUUGCACUUGUUUCCACUUUGGGUCAUUGGUCCUUGAUGUCAAAGCGUCAUCGCUGGCCCCCUCUGAACACCAGACCUUUGCACUUGUCUAUAAAGGUCACGAGGACAUUCAGCUUUUUCGCACCGAGAAUGGCCAGCUUCAGCUUAAAGCUUGCUUGAAACCACAACGACUUCAACCAGGAGUAGUCGAGGUUCUAAGGACAGCCUUUGAUGCAGAUGAUGGCCUCUAUGUCCUACAACGCUUUACAUCUACAGCUGAAGAAAGCCCAGACUCAGAGCACCCGUUCAUCAAACAAGCAUUUAAUACCUAUACUAGGGGGCAGGUCUAUCUCAUUCGCUAUUCCCUCCAGUCUCGCCAGGAUCCUGUUCGCGUCUGUACGUUUCCGGACCAUGCUGAGUAUGAGCCUCUGGCUCUUGCCGCUGCCCACCGAGAUACUUUUGCAAUCUCCUGGCAGCAUUCCCGUGAAAGUGAAGAAUAUGAAGUAGUGCUUUAUAAUUCACAGAGCGCAUCUAGUGCCCACAGCCUGUCAAGCGCAAUAGCGUCAAAAUGA